AUGGAUUUAGCAGAGUUGAAUAAAGAACUUAAGCUACUAGAAUCAUAAUAUGCAGAUUUAUUGGAUAAAUGCCAACCAAAUCCAUAAAUAUGCUCAAUGAUACAAAAUGUGGUAUAAGACAGAAUAGCUCUUGAUCCUAUGGUGAUGAAUUCUCUAUACCCGAACGGAAUAAAUAAGAAAUAGAUGUAGGAGUUUCAAACUAAAGCUAUUGAUAGCUAGAAAAAUAAAGAAAAUAGAAUGCAUCCUUUUGGGCAUGCUGAGUUGAAAGACUAGCUAGAAGAUCUUGAAAAAUUUGAGGAAUAAAUGAGAAGAACAACGAGAGGGAAAUCUAUACGAUAAAGUGUUGGAGGGGAAAGCAAUAGAAGAAGCCUGCCGGAUAGCAAUAUGCAUCCGGAUAAAGCAUGCUGUCUUAUUUUUUGA